GUUCCCAGGCUGUAGACCGGCUCAGGCUCGGAGCUGAGGGGCCAAGAUGGCGGCGCGGUGGGGAGCGGGUGAGGAGACGCUGACCAUCGGAGGAAUGGAGCUCUUCACCGCCGGCGGCCCUCUACAGUGCCAUGACAUGGAUGAAGACGAGACCUGUGAUGGCCUCUCCGAUCUGGCUCUGUCCUCUCUGGACGCAGGAGGAAUCCUAGGAACCUUCCAGGGCUACAUAGACAACUCCAUCAUUUCCAUCAUUGACGAUCAUGGCGCUCAGGCUGAGCACAAAGAUCCUUUCAAUGAGGAAAACGAAUUGUCUCUACUGACAGCUCUAACAGAGAUACUGGACAAUGCAGAUGAUGAGAAUAUGUCACCGUUUGACACCAUUCCCGAUACAGAACUUCUGGGGUCAUCAAAGGACCGGGAUGGCAGUGCCAAGUUUCUUGCUUUAUCCCGUACGCCACCAGAUCAUGAGAUGUUCUCAGCGGAGGUCCAGCGCAGAGCUAACUCCAGCAAGAUUGGGGCUUAUUCUGGGCCAAACUGGGAACUGUUUCCAGAUACCAUCAGCUCAACACCAAAGAGACCUAUCAGACAUAAAAGUACAAGAGGAUGUUUACCCCGCAGGGCAGAAGCUGAGGAAAUCCAACAGCGAAGCGACGGCGAGGAUGAAGAGGUCCCCAGUCCGGGGCAAGUGACUGAUAAAAACUCAAGUUUAGUUGCCUCCUUGGACAAAAAUUUCUCUCUGGAUACUGGGGCGGAUAUCGAAGAUGUAGAUCACUUAAUGCAAGGAACGCCGUGUAUUAUUAAUACUGAAAAUGUUGCCCUCAAUGACUUGGUAAAAUAUAUGCAUCCAUAUUGCCUACCUGCCAUAACCAUGUGCCUAGAAUCAGAAGAUGAAGAAAAUCUUCUGAACGAAGAAGUGUUUCUGGAGAUUGUGUCCGAUCAAGGAGAAUGUAUAAAAGUACCUGUAGUUGUGGAGCCGCCCAUGGACAUGCUGUGUGAGUCUUCAGAUGGUAUGGAGGGAAUGGAUGAUAACAUGGACAAUCUACCUAUCCAUCUGUCCUCCUCAGAGCCAGAGGUGGUGACAGAGUUAGAAGCAAAUCAGGAAAAAGAAAUUGAUUGUACAGAAAAAUCUUAUGAUGUCCAGGAACCCAUAGAGGAGGCUGUGUCUAAAUUACAGGAAUUAUCCCCUCAACCUCCAGAGACAGACAUGAAGGUUAAGUGUUCGGAUGAUGCCAAUACCUCGACCUCAGAGGAAGCUGCUCCAGGUUGUAAGAGAAGUAGUGAGCCAGAAAUCACAGCAUCAGUCACCAAGGAAAAGGUGCCGCUAAAGGGAAAGAAAUCCAGUAAGAAAAAGCAGCCCUCCAAAACGAAGUCAAAAAGUAAAGCUAAGAGCUUACCUGAAGACAAAUCUCCAGAUUCACCAGUUACUGGGCAAAGUAUAACCCAACCACCUGUAAGCCGCCCGAGUAACCUUUCCUUGCAGGAAUCUGACUUUUUAAUAAAAACCUUGGACCAGGUUAAAAGGGAGUCCCUGAUGGAGCUUCGCUCAGCCAAGAUCAGCCGCACCAAACCACGGUGUCGAGCAAGCUUGGAAAGUUCCCUCCCCGAGAAAAAAAGAAAAGACUUGAAAGUAAAACCUGUCCCUAAAGAAGGCGAACAAGCAGAGAGCUCAAUACAAGCUGCUGCUGUUGAGAAAGAGCAAAUAGACCAUGAUUUUAACGUGGAAAACCCCAAAUGUGAAGAGACUGCUGAUUCAGCUGCCAAGAUUGAGGGGUUACAAUCUGAUAAAGACGAUGAUAAAGAUGAUAUUGAUGUCUGCGGUGGGGAAGAGCCCUCUACUAAUGAGGAAUCGGGAGCAUCGAAGGUUGAAGAUGGCGACUCUUCUCAGCUGACGAAGGAAGCAAAGCCCAAGUCGCUCAGUUUAAGUGAAUAUAGAAAGAGACUUCAGCACCGUAAGCCGAACCCUGACACAAACAAUGAGAACCUGUCUUGUAGUAAGUGGCCAAUUGUUCCAGAGCCCCCAAAAGAGUUGGCAGAAUUGCCUUGCUUAGUUUUACCUGCGCAGUCAAAUAAGCCAUCGGUAGCAGAAAAAGCAUGCCCAGCCAACAAAGCUAUCAAUGUGUCUGGGCAAGAUGCUCCUGUUAGUUCAGCUCCUGCUCCAACAAUAGCAACUGCGCUGCCGGUGACCAGUCAAGUCAUUAAACCAUUAAAUGAAAAACCAUGCCCAACUAUUAUGGAUGUUGCUCCACCUCCAAUGAUUCCCCAGCCUAAUGUGCCACCUCCAUUUUAUCCACCUGCUUGGCCGACUGUCCCUCCACAUCCUUCCUUUUAUCAUGGCAUGCCACCUUUGCCACCAGUUCCUCAUUUUCCAAAUGGUAUGCCGUCAGUCGUGCCUAUACAACCACAGCCGGUCAUAAGUUGGCCUCCGUUUCCACCUCCACCUAUUGCGGUGCCACCGAUGCAUCCUACUGGUUGGGUUUCCGGGCCACAAGCGCCCUAUUGGCCAAAUGCUCAAAUGGCACCUGGAAUGCCUGAAAGCCAACCUUAUCACAACACUCUUGAAACGUCAGGCCCCCAUGCAUUUGCAGAGCAGAAAAUGCUGCCGGAAGCGGUCAUCCCUCCUGCAGAGUACAGACCACAGACCGCUGUCCUACCUAUCGUUCAGACAAAUAGGACACCUGUGUUGAAGCCUGCUGAGACUGCUGUAGGCCCCAAAGUGCAUAAAACUGCUGCAAAACCUGAAAGGGUAAAACCGAAAUCAUCAACCCGUGAUGGGCUACAAGUCAGUCCAGCUCUUAAGGCUGAUGCAUCCUCACUGUCCAUGAAAACAGAAAAGACCCCUCAAAAUGCACCUUCCCUGGAUCUUAAGAAGGCAAAUGUUCCUAUUGCAGGUCUAGAAUCUGCCAACCAAAUGGUCUUUAAAAUAAUGGAAAUUUUGAAGAAAGCUCAGAAAUUAGGUUUCCAAAUAAAGCCGUCCUCUGACGCCACAGUCUCUAAAACACAGCAGGUGUCUCCAUCCACUUCAUCCUUAAAACCGGAACAACCAAUGCAGACGCAGCCUGCAGAUGUUAAGGUGCAGAUGUUGGUUCCUCCGACUGUAAUAAAGAAAUCCUCCACAUUAGUUACCCCGACACCUGCAGUAAUUCAUCCUUCAGUGGCUGAGAAAAUCUCCGCUGCAGGAACUGGAGUUGCCCAAAAAGUGUCAGAAGAUAAACUGGCAUCGCCCUGUAAAGUGUCUAACCAAGAAGCCAAAGAGACGCUCUCUACAUCCGUAAAAAGCUGCCAGACUGUACCAGAACCUGAUCGGAAGGAACCCGAGAAAAACUUCAAUUGUGAAUCAGGUAUUGAAGCAUCUGAUCUUACCAGCUUGCUGGAGCAGUUUGAGCAGUCUGAAGCUAAAGAGGAGGAACGUCUCCCUCAAAGCCCUAAGUUGGCUGUAGGAAACUCUGGGACUGAGAAAACAUUGGAGAAAAAGAUCCAUGACAAACAAUUGCCACCUGAGUUGGCGAAUACAGCAGACCCCAUCUGUGGCCUCUCCUCCCAUUCACGUGGCCUCUGGCGACCACGAUUACUGCAUCUUGUCGAACCAGCGCCCUGAGAACACAGUCCCCAUUGCUGCCGCACCACCAUCUCAGUGUGAAGAGGGUUCUCGCUGGAAUGUAAAGCAUCAUCAGAAUAUCACAAUAAAACCCAUUGUGCAAUUCAACAAAAAGGAACAGAACAAAUCCUGCCCCAAGCAGCCCCCACCAAGCGCACCUUCACACGUCACCAACCAAAGCGCCACCUGUGGCCCCACCAAACCAGACGCACCUUGUGAAAGUAUUGAGAAUGUAAGCAAUGCCCCCCUGGACCAUAGGACUAAUGUUAUGGCAAAAUCUGCACCGGUCACCAGUCCACCAGGUUCAGUGUUAAUGUCUCCAGACUCCUCGCCUUGUCGUAGUGAAAACGGAGAGAAUAGAACUGAUGUGAAAAGUGGAAGCACCUCUGCAUCACGGAGGUCUAUGCGCUGCUAUAGGAAAUACAAGGGUUCCCCCAGUCCCCAAAAAUCCCGGAGAGGCAGAUCUAUUGGUAGUCGGUCAGAUUCAAGAUCCUCCUGCUCCUCCUCUUCGUCCUCAAGGUCUCGGUCAGGGUCUCCUGCAUCAAAGAGGAGAAGAAUAUCCAGAUACCGAUCUAGAAGUAGACAUCGAUCACGUUCCUCCUCCAGGUCUAGUUAUGGUUCGAGUAGCUCUUCUCGAUCCUCCUCUCGUUCAUCUUGGUCUUGCUCGCCAUCAUCCAGCCGAUCCAGGUCACGAUCAAGAUCACCCUACAGGGGGAGACACCGGAGCAGAAGUAGAAGGUGCGAAUCCAGAGAGAGUUAUAACAGGAGGAAGAUGUUUCACAAAGAGCGAGCCAUAGAGGAGAGGAGGGUUGUGUACAUCGGCAAAAUAAACAGUCAGAUGACCAGAUCGGAGCUGAGACGUCGCUUCUCUAUAUUUGGGGAAAUAGAGGAAUGCACCGUUCACUUCAGACAGGAGGGUGAUAACUACGGCUUUGUGACGUACCGCUGCACCAGAGAAGCUUUUGCUGCUAUAGAAAAUGGACACAAAGUGCACCUUCCAGAUGAAUUGCCUUUCGAUCUCUGCUUCGGAGGAAGAAGGCAAUUUUGUAAAAGUAAUUAUGCUGAUCUAGAUUCGAUCCAUGACGACUUCGACCCCGCGCCCGUUAGAAGUAAAUAUGAUGAUCUAGAUUUCGACACCUUAUUAAGACAAGCGCAGAAGAGUCACCGGAGGUAACGCUACGCCUAGCCCAUCCAUACUAUAGGAUCAUAUAUAACCCAACAAGCUUACCUCAAAACACUGGAUAUAUGGCCAUUCACUAAAUACGAGCAUGAAGAACUCCCUACGUUCGGAGUGGAGGUGGGAGGAAGUGCUGGAUUAUUUUUUUUUUUUAAAUAAAUAGAAAAAAAAUAAUCAUAAAAAAAGGUUUAAAGACAUCAUAAAUUUUUUUUAUAAAUUUGUUUUUCUAACCUAUUUAACGGCGCUUAAUGUGCAUUCUGGAAUUGACUGCGCAGAUAUGAUGAGAGGAAUCACUAUGCAGAUCAAUA